AGUUUCAAAAUUAUGUCCCAAGCCCCGUUUCAAAAGUCAAAGAUUCAAAUAAUUCCACUAGCAUAUGAAAAAGGCUUAUUCUUAGCUACGUUUCUUGGAACUUCGUUUUGAUCUUACUUUAUCUCUGUCACUCAAAAGUCGUAACUUUAUUUUCUGAAACUCAAAAUUCAUUCCACUUUGACUUGUGGACUCUCUCUUCUCCCCAAAACUUAUAGUUUGCCUCAUAAAACGUAUGUGAGACCCAACAUACAAUAAGACUAUGUCACAUGUGCAAUAAACUCGAUUGUAAUCUUCAUUAUGCGUUGACAUUGAACAAUCGGAGAAUGUUAAGUUUAAAAGAAAUUGAAGAGAUGACAAAAAUAAAAAAGAAAUUGAUUAGCCUGGUGCACUUAAAUCAAACCCACAUAAGAAAUUAACAAAACUAAGGCAAUGUAGAGCCAAUUUUAAGUUUUAAGGGGCAAAAUGGAAACAAAAUCAACUUAUAGGGGGCAAAGUGAAGCAAACUUUGAAUUUCAGGGAGUAAAUUGUCGACUUUUGAGUUACAGAGAGUAAAGUGAGAUUAAAAUCGAGUUCCAGGGCGUAAGUGAAAAUAAGCUUAUGAAAAACGAAUAAAUUCAUAAGGAAGAGAUGACAAUUUAGAUAGAAAAAGAAAAGGAAGAAAACAAAUAAAUCCAGCAUACCUCAGCAUAAUUCAAAAAGUGUGUAAACCAGAAAAGUAACAACAAAAGAAAAGGACAAUAAUGAAUUUAAUUACAAUUAACAAGGACAAUGAUGCAUCAAUAGAAAAUGGUAGUGAUUAUUUUUGGUCGAAAGAUUGGGUUUAGUUUAGUUGUUGAUUCCAACUAAAAAUAUAAAAUAAUAAUAAUGAAUUUAAUUACCAUUAAAAAGAAUUUAAUUACAAUUAACAAGGACAAUGAUGCAUCAAUAGAAAAUGGUAGUGAUUAGGUUUAGUUUUUUUUUUUUUGGUCGAAAGAUUAGGUUUAGUUUAGUUGUUGAUUCCAACUAAUAUCAAGACAAAUUCUUGAAGUUUUGGUCCCUUGCAUCCAACCUCUCUAUAAAAGUGAUACAAACUUGAGACUGAACUUCAACAACAUAUGCGAGUUAGACUAGUUAAUCAAGGUAGUGUGCUCGUCUCCUUACACUUAAGCUCGAAUUUUUUUUCCUAUAAAUUAAGGUAUUUUAGAUAUCGUCGUAUUCAAAAGAAAAACCUAGCAAAGAAAACAAAAGAGGGAGAAAUGGUCAAUCCACAUGUUUUGGUGAUUCCUUAUCCAGCACAAGGGCAUGUAAUUCCUUUGUUUGAGCUUUCAAGAUGCCUUGUAAAACACAGUAUCGAGGUCACGUUUGUAAAUACAGAGCAUGUUCAUAUGCAAAUGAAAAAUGCAUUGGCAAUGGAGGAUGAAAUAGGGAGUAAGAUUCAUCAUGUAUUUAUUUCUGACGGGUUAGAAUCCGUGGAAGAUAGGAAAAUACCAGGGAAGUUUUCUGCAGCAAUCAUGCAGGUUAUGCCCGGAAAGUUCGAGGAGCUUAUCGAAGAGAUUAACGGAGCGAAUGGGGAUCAGAUCACUUGUGUUCUUGCUGAUCAGAGUCUUGGAUGGGCCCUGGAAAUUGCCGAUCAGAAGGCGAUCAAGCGCGCUGCCUUCUGCCCGGCAGCAGCUGCGCUCUUGGUGCUUGGAUUUAGCAUCCCAAAGCUGAUUGAUGAGGGAAUUGUUGCCAAUGAUGGAACUCCCACAAAGAAACAAGUAAUUAAAUUGUCACCAGAGAUGCCUGGCAUGAACACAUCAAACUUUGUGUGGGCAUGCCUUGGCAGCAAGGCUCUGCAGAAGAAUGUGUUUCAACUUAUGGUUAGAAACAACCAAUCAACAAAGUUAGCAGACUGGUUACUUUGCAACUCAACCUACGACCUUGAGCCGGCGGCGUUUUCCAUGGCUCCACAGAUCCUACCAAUAGGUCCACUUUUGGCAAGCAACCGACUCAAAAGCUCUGCCGGAAACGUCUUGCAGGAUGACUUUUGCUUGAAUUGGCUUGACCAACAAUCUCCACAAUCAGUCAUAUAUGUUGCGUUUGGUAGUGUCGCAGUUUUUGAUCGAAAACAGUUCGAAGAGUUGGCCUGGGGGCUUGAACUCUCUAAUAGGCCUUUUCUGUGGGUGGUCAGGGAUGAUAAUGCACACACAAAAAAUGAAGCCUUCCCGGAAGGAUUUCUUGACAGCGUAGCUGAUCGAGGGCGGAUAAUAGCUUGGGCACCACAGCAGAGGGUUCUGUCUCAUCCGUCAAUCGCGUGUUUCGUGAGCCAUUGUGGCUGGAAUUCCACAAUAGAAGGUGUAAGUUACGGGGUGCCUUUUAUGUGCUGGCCUUACUUUGCUGACCAGUUUUUAAACCAAACCUACAUUUGUGAAGUUUGGAAGGUUGGUUUGGGGUUUGAACGGGAUGAAAGUGGAAUCGUCACGCGCAGAGAAAUCUCAAGCAAGGUGGAGCAGCUGCUAGGAAAUGAUGAAAUAGGAGCCAGGGUUUUAGACAUGAAGAAAAAGGUUACGGAUAGUGUCGAAGAAGGUGGCGGCUCAAACAAAAAUUUCAAUAGUUUUGUCGAUUGGAUGAAACGAUAAGUGACUUCUUUGAGCACUGUUUUCAUGCUUGACUUACUUCUUGCAAGGAGUUGAGAUCAAGCUGGUGUAAACUACAAAAAUUAAAACCAAAUUAAAAGCGA